AUGACAACUGCGGAACAAAUUUUACCGUUUGAAUGUGUAUUAUCAGAGGAAGAGAGCAGAGUUUUAGAGACAGUUGAUAUAUAUGUGAGUGAUGUGGAGCCAAAAGAAACUGAACGUGUGAUAAAGAUAAAGAAAACUUCUCACGACAAAGGAUUUACAUUGGCAGUGUUAAUAUGCUCAGUUGAAAAGAUUACAAUCACAGAAUUAACAAUCUUAAUAAAUAAUCAUAACCUUGGUUCAAUACUUAAACCACGUAUACAGCAAAUAUGUAAAUAUCCUGCUAUUACGCGUUCUCAAUUUGAUGAAUGGAGAAAAUUAUGGCCAAUAAAUUUUCGUGAAGAUCCUAGAAGAGAAACGAAAUUUACUUUAAAAGAAAUUGAGCGUAUAAAACAAUAUAUGGAUAAUGCUAUUCAAUUAUCUUCUCAAGCAAAAUCAAAAGGUGAAUUACCAAUUGGAUGUAUAUUAGUUGAUCCAAAGAAAAACAUUACACUGUCGGAAGUUAUUGAUACUCGUAAUUCAACAAAAAAUCCACUUCGACAUGCUAUAUUAAAUUGUAUAGAUGAUAUAGCUUCAUUAGAAAGAUCAAAUCGUGUUAAAAAAUCAAAAAAAAUUGAGGUUCCUCGAAAAAGAACAUUUAAUGAAGUUACUAUUGAAGGAAAAGAUGAUGUAGAAAUAACACUCGAUGAAGAUGAUUUUGUUGAACAAAGAGAAAAUGUUGAAAGCGCUUAUUUAUGUGUUCAAUGGCACUUGUACAUUCAAGGGUUAGACGAGUAUUUUAUGGUCGUUCAAAUACAGUAUCAGGAUAUAAGUAUCUUAAUAUCUUCAAAAAGUUCUUUAUCAAGGAAUUCUGAAAGAAAUCCAAUUUCUGAAAUUGUAAGUUUUUUAAAAACUUCACCACUGACAUCUUAG